AAAAAGACAGGCAUUUACUGCAGUUUAGCACGGAAGUGAUGAAAAAAAGUAAAUAGAACAUCCAGUUGAACUAUAUUUAACAAUAAUUAAGGAACGAAUGUGCUGAAUAUCAUCGAAUAUCAUUAAUCAUCAUUAUUUAAUCGAGAUCCAAAACAUUAGAUAAUUAAAUUAAGGUAUAUUUAUCAAUCAAUAUUGUUUUGGACACACUGACGUGGUUCUAUUGUGAAAUUUCUUCAAGUCAUCGUUUGUUUAUAUUAAAUAGUGUCCACAAAAAUGUCUGAAUUCUCAUCAUGGUAUAACACAAUACCUAAAUUUACAAGGUACUGGCUAACAGCAACAGUUGGAUUUUCGCUAGGUGCUAAGUUGGGAAUCGUACCGACUUAUUAUCUAUUUUUGGAAAGUUCAUUAAUCCUACAAAAGUUUCAACUAUGGAGAAUCGUAACAGCUUUAUUCUUCUAUCCAACAUCAUUUCACUUCCUUAUGAACUGCUUUUUCCUGUACAAUUACUCAUCUCGGCUAGAAAAGGAUCAUUAUUUGGCUAGUCCUGGCGAUUUCCUAUAUUUGUUAAUAUUCAACUGGCUAUGCUGUGUGAUCGUUGGACUUUUUACAGCGCUUCCUGUUUUAAUGGAUCCAAUGGUUCUUUCGGUGCUUUAUGUCUGGUGUCAGCUUAAUCGAGAAGUAAUUGUCACAUUUUGGUUUGGAUCCAGAUUUAAAGCUAUGUACUUACCAUGGGUGCUAUUUGCCUUCAAUGUCAUGCUUUCCAACGGUGGAAUGAUGUCUCUUUUCGGAAUCCUAAUUGGUCAUCUCUAUUUCUUCUUGAAAUUCACUUAUCCACAAGAACUUGGUGGAUCAAAUUUCCUUGAAACUCCAUCAUUUAUCAAGCGACGCUAUCCAGACGUUCGACCUGCUGGAGUUUUCGGAUUUGCACCAGAAACAAGAGCACAACAGCAACAGCAACAAAGACAACAAGGGUUUAAUAUUUUUGGUGGAUCAGGAAACAGAUUGGGAAACUAAGACAGCACGUUAAGCAUAUAAAUUGUAUAACAUCCUUCGAUUCCUAGAUAUAUCCUGUUAAUAUGUAAUAUUUUUUAAACAACCAUUAAACGAUUCCUUGAAACAAUUUUAAUGGCA